UGUGACUGGAGAGAGCAGCUGACCAGCGCGGCUUCACUUCCUCUUCUAGGAGAAGGUAUGAUGCAGUAACCGGGGAGGCUGACCAUGUGUGCCCGCCGCUCACCCCCAGCAUGGCUCCCGCUGCUGCUCCUGUGCCCGGUGCUUGUGCCAGCGGCAGGGGAAUCCCGGAGACCGAACGUAGUGCUGAUCCUGACAGAUGACCAGGAUGUCUCCCUCGGUGGCAUGACUCCAUUAACGAAGACUAAAGCACUGAUUGCAGAUCUCGGUGUAACUUUUACAAAUGCAUAUGUUGGUAGUGCUCUUUGCUGUCCAAGCAGAGCCAGUAUUCUGUCUGGCCGGUAUCCACAUAACCACCAUGUUGUCAACAACACAAUAGAAGGAAACUGCAGCAGUAAAGCGUGGCAGAAGGCACAAGAGCCAUAUACCUUCCCUGCUCUCCUCCAUUCCUCUGGUUACCAGACAUUCUUUGCUGGAAAGUACUUAAAUCAGUAUGGCUCAGAAGAUGCAGGUGGAAUCGGUCAUAUACCUCCUGGAUGGAGCUACUGGUUUGCUUUGGAAAAAAAUUCAAAGUACUACAACUAUACCCUAUCAGAAAAUGGACGGGCGCGGAAUUAUGGCCAAAACUACAGUGUGGAUUACCUGACGGAUGUCUUGGCCAAUAUCUCCUUGGAUUUUCUAAACUACAAAUCAAAUAAUGAACCUUUCUUCAUGAUGAUUGCCACUCCAGCCCCGCACUCUCCGUGGACAGCUGCUCCUCAAUAUGAAGGCUCUUUCCAUGAUGUCACUGCACCUAGGAACAGCAAUUUCAAUGUGCAUGGCAAGGAUAAACACUGGCUAAUACGACAAGCCAAGACCCCUAUGUCUAAUACUUCCAUACAGUUCCUGGACAAUGCUUUUCGCAAGAGGUGGCAAACUCUGCUCUCUGUAGAUGACCUGGUGGAGAAACUCCUAAAGCAACUUCAGGCCCGUGGAGAACUGGAUAACACCUUUAUUUUCUUCACAUCUGACAAUGGAUACCACACAGGGCAGUUCUCCCUGCCAAUCGAUAAAAGGCAACUCUAUGAGUUUGAUAUUAAAGUCCCAUUACUUGUUCGGGGCCCGGGGGUGAAGCCUAACCAGACAAGCAAGGCACUUGUAGCAAACAUUGAUCUUGGUCCAACUAUCUUGGAGAUUGCCGGAUAUGACCUCAAUAAGACCCAGAUGGAUGGGAUGUCAUACCUCCCCAUUUUGAAAAACAGUAAUGAAACCUGGAGAACAGAUAUUUUGGUUGAAUAUCAAGGUGAAAGUGUUAAUCGUACUGAUCCAGCAUGCCCUGCGCUCGGCCCUGGAGUGUCUCAAUGUUUCCCAGAUUGUGUGUGUGAAGAUGCCUAUAACAACACGUAUGCCUGUGUGAGGACGAUUUGUAAAGACCAUGACCUGCAAUAUUGUGAGUUUGAUGAUGCAGAGGUUUUUGUUGAAGUCUAUAAUUUGACAGCAGAUCCAAGCCAGUUGACAAACAUUGCUAAGACUAUAGACCAAGAGAUCCUUGAAAAGAUGAACCAUCGGCUCAUGGUCCUGCAGUCCUGUUCUGGGGUUUCCUGUCGAAGUCCAGGGGUCUUUGAUCCCAGGUACCAGUUUGACCCAAUGUGGAUGUUCAGAAAUGGGGACCCAGGCCAUUUGUUGAGGAGGAAGUCAUUGAAGUGGAGCACCUUACUAUAGAGUGUGGGAUUUUGACAUGCACCCCUAUGAUGAAGUGAUUGAGAUGGUCUUUUGAUUGCCGACCACCAACCUUGGAGACUUCCAUGGCCUGGCUUAUCGCUGUCAUAUUUUGUGCAGGACCUAAUCAAAAGCUGACUACCUUUGUUGAAAUCUGUGAAUUAUGGCAACUCUGCCCAUGUUAAUAUUUUCUUUCCAGAUCUAUCAUGUGUAGACCCCUUGUGGAUGAGAUUGGGUAAGGCUUGCCAAGAUAAAGGGAACAGAACUAGUCCUACUAUUGUCUUCUGGCCAGUCUGAUAAGCAGUGAAGCUUUGUUUGAUUAAGAACUUGUCAUGUUAUCUAGACUAAAUUGCUUGGCACUAAUGUCCUGUAAUGAAAUUAUUUUUGUAACAAGAAUAUUUUUGUUAUAUAUAUAUAUGUGCUGAACACAUAUCAGGCUUUCAAGACAUCAGUAGACCUUGCAGCUAGGUUUAAUGCUAUUUAAUCAUGUUCUAUAGUAUAAUUGGCUCCUAGGGUCUCAUGACAAUUCUGUAUCAUACUUGAGCCUGUUCUUUAUCAUGUGGUCUGUCUCCUAGUCCGUGGUCAUAUGUAUCAAGAACAUUGGUGGGAGCUAGACCAGUAAUAAUUCCCUGCCCUGGUGGUAUAGGACAAGUCACUUACAGAAGACAUAUGUGGUAACCUACCAUAAAUUGGCACAUCAUUAAAAUAUUAAGUUUUUUCUGUUAUUCGGGCCUGUUUUCAUCUAAUUAUCAUCUGCUUCAAAGGAUGUAGCCAUAUAUCCUAACUAUACUCUUUUAUAUACUAAAGGGGACAUUUAUGAAGACUGGUGAUUUAGAUGCCGAUAUUUGUCCAUCCUGUGCUGGCGGGUUAUCCGCCUAAGUUAUGUAGGCAGACUUUACACUUGUCUAAAUCCCUUAUUGGCCUAGAUUUAGACCAUUUUCUAUGCCUAAAACAUGGGAUGGGCCUGCCAGCCUGUCCAGACCUGGCAUGAGGAGAGGAAAAAGUCGCCAAAAAGUGGCUUAUAUCUGUUCAAAAAUUAGCCCCUAAAUCUUCAUUUAAUUAGGCCAGAACUUUAAAUUUGUUGGAUCUUAAAGUUUCAUGUAUUAUUUGUAUAUUGAACAGAGAUCAGUUGGUGUCCCAUCUUCCUUCAGAUGUGGCAAGCCAUCACUGCGGUCUGCAGUACAAACUUCUUCAUGGGAGAUGUCAGUACCACCAUCUUUGUUUUCUUUCUUCUUGGCUUAUUUAUAUUGCAAUACCACUAUAAGGGUCCAUUCACACAUCUGUAAGUGUUUUGCGGAUCCGCAAAACACUGACACUAGACAUGUGCACAUUGGCCUGCACUAUAAUAGAAAAUGCCUAUUCUUGUCCGCUAUUGUGGACAAAAAUAGUACAUGUUCUAUAUUUUUGCGGAGCCGCGGACUGGAAGUGCGGAUGCGGACAGCACACUGUAUGCUGUCCGCAUCUUUUCCAGCCCCAUUGAAAAUGAAUGGGUCCGCACCCAUUGCGGAACGUAUAUGGACGUGUGAAUGGACCCUAAAUUUGAGCAAGGCAUACAGUGUUGUUUUAAAGGGAUGCUUGUAGACACCUAAUUUUUAGGUUCCGUUGCAUGGCCAAAUGUAAGAUCCACCUUUUAGAGAUAAUCGCCAGUAUUAUUAUUAUCAUGACAAUGAUUUUGCGCAAGUUUAAUUCUUGAAUAUCAGCAGGAUUGAGAAUCGUAACCACAGACCUAAUAAUGGUACUCUGUUGAUUCCUUAAUACUAAAUGGCCUAGAAACACUGCUCUUUGGUUAUGGUAUCAACCUGAUCCAUUAAUGAUUUAUGCGUGUUUGUGCGAUUUAAUUGUUAUGAUCUGUUACACAUGCAGGUUGAUUAUGUUUUUUUAAAGUAAAUUAUUAUAAAGGAUGAUGGCUUCCCUUUUAAAAUACUGCAUCACGUUUUAAUCAAAUCUAGAAACGCAGAAGAAUUUAGUUUAUAUACUGUAGGGUAUGCCAAGGUUUAUAUUUAAAAUUCUUUUAUGUAAAUUUUAUACAUGGGAAAUAAUAUAGUGUUUCUAUCCUUUCUUUUAAAGAGGUUUUCUGGGGCUGAAAUAUUGAUGAUCUAUCAUUAGUAUUGAUGAGCGAAUCGACUUCGGAUAAAACAUCUGAAGUCGAUUAUACUGUAUUGGCUCCAAUGAGCCGAAGUUAUUGCUUUGUGAGACUUUGCGCAAUAACUUUAUAAAUUCAUUUUUACUGUAAAAAUAGUUUUUACAGUACAAAUUAAUUUCUAAAGUUAUUGCGAGAAGUCCCGCAAGACUUCGUGAAGCAAUAACUUCGGCUCAUCGGAGCCAAUACAUUCUAGUACUGCACGAGGCUCCUACUCCGUACAGUAUUAGAACAAAGUUUUAUGCAAAUCAUCUUUGGAUGUUUCAUCCGAAGUCAAUUCUCUCAUCCCUAAUCAUUAGUUUAGGCCUGCGGUGGGUAACGUCCGGCACUCCAGCUGUGGUUAAACUAUGACUCCCGAGAUGUACACUUGCUUGGUUGUUCUCAGAACUCCAUAGAAUUGAAUGGAGCAUGCUGGGAGUCGUAGUUUCACCACAGCUGAAGUGCCGGAGGUUAGCCAUCACUGGGUAUAGGCCAUCAAUAUUAGAUGAGUGGGGGUCUGACGCUCUUCACCACUGUUUGAAGAGCCUGCUACAAAGACACAGGCAUGAAGUGCUCACCUCUCCCAGAUUAUUAUUUUUUUUUUUUAAAGGGGUGGGGGUUUCUGAGAUCACAGUUUUGAUGGCCUAUUUUUUUUUUCACAGCUUUUGGGGAAAAAUGUGAUAAAAGUAAUGGUGUAUGCAAUAGAAUUAAAAUAUUCUCAUUCACUACCACUGCACAUCUGUGAUCACAACCUGACUUUUCUAUACAUUUGUCAGAAACAUUGUUUAUCGGGGCUCUGUUAAUGGUGGAAAGAAUCGUUUGUAAUCCACUGUGGUAACUGGCCACCUAUGGGAAGGAAUAUGUGCUGCUGUCAUAUUCUCCCAGACCGUGCACGCAGCUGACCAGCAGUUACAUUGAUCUAUAAGGCAAUUAAUAAAGAGGUUGUUCAGAAUUAGAAUAAAUGCUUGUAGUGGGUUUGUUUUCCGGAAACGGCGACUUUUCUGUUCAUGAGUUUUGUCUGAUAUUGGAUCACAGACAUAUGUAUGUGGUACUGGCUCUGGAAAAACAAAAUCAAAUCUUUGACAACCCCAAUAGUUCCACAUAGCAAUUAUGAGAAGUCUUUUCCAUUAAAGUCCCGGUUUGAGAUCCAAAUGUUGUCUUGCUGGUCUUCUGUGAUGGCUUGUGGAAGAGCAAUACCAGUUUUAUGCAGCCAUUUAAAGUGUAAGGCCCCAGAUAUUUUGCAUUGGUAUUUUAUAGCUGCUAGAUGCAGAUAUUUUUAUUACUUUGCUUUUCUACGUGUGAUCUCUAGAUAACUGUAACUUGCUUUGCCUUGUAAUGAUUUGGGUAACUUAUUUAGAAAGUGACCUUUACCUUGACCCUGUUCACUGCUGCACUUUUUCAAUAAAAUUUUGGUCUGUUUUAAA